AUGUCUUCUGCCGUAGCAGAUCUCGAUGCUGGCUUGCAGGCCAUGCUGUCCCUGAAACCUCCCGGAGUCUCUGGUUCUCGGAUUCAAAGUAUCACCACGCUCUGCACUGCGAAUGUUCAGUCCGAAUCCGUACUCAUCCAAAAGCUCUUUACGCAUUUCAAGAAGGCCCCCGCAACACACAAGCUUGGUGUGCUAUACGUUGUAGACUCCGUAACCCGCAAGUGGACUGAACAAGCCAAGAGCGCCGGACAACCUAUAGACAGUUCUGCCCAGGAUGGAACUUUCGCUGCUGGUGUGCAUAGAGUAAAGGAAUUGUUGCCUGUCCUGAUGAACGACAUAGCCAUUUCUGCUCCUGAUGAUCAAAAGGACAAGAUCAGAAAGCUCCUUGACAUCUGGGAGAAGGGUAUGACAUUCCCUGUGCAAAUGCUUGAUAGCUUCAAAGAAAAGCUCAACGCGCAAAAUACAUCUACUACCCCUCCAGGAAGCCCACCUCCCGACCUCCAGAAGACUUUCUUUGAUCAACCAGCCCCAAACUCUACUUCAGCAGCCCCGGCUCGUAAUACUUCCUCGAUCUUAGAGGCUCUCGCCAACAUGGCUCGUCAAAGCGCAGCAGCUCCAACUCCUCCUGCAAACCCCUACCAACAACCCAUGGCUGUGGAUAGUUCGUACAAUGUAUCUUAUGGGCAGAAUAAUACUGCUCAGCAAAUUCCAGCGUUGAAUCCGCUCCCAUUGCCGCUACCAUUACCUGUAAACGUGCCAGUCCAAGCGGCCACACAAGGAUCGAGUAAUAGUGUUCCCAACUAUCUCAAUAAUAACCCAUAUCCGGCUCCUCCUCCAGUAGCCCCAGCCGUCGAUCCAGCUCUGCAACAGCAGUUGCUCUUGAUUAAGACACUUGCAGACCAGGGUAUGCAAGCUGAACAAAUUGCCGGUAUCCUUGCUGCUAUGGGCCUUAGUGCGGGCGGCUUCCCUCCUGCUCCAUCACCAUUUGCGGCUCAGAAUCCAAAUGCUAUGGCUCAGAACAGCUGGGCUGCAAAUCAAUCACGUGAUAGAGAUGGGUUCGAUGAGGCUGUGAGAUCUCCACCAGGAGGCCGUUUCGGUCGUUCGCGUUCCCGCUCCCCUAAGCCUGAAUGGAACGCUCGUGACUCUCCAGCUACUCGUCGAUAUGAAGAGCAAAACUCUGAAUACGAGAGAGGCUUUCCGGAUCGUAAUCGAGGCAAUGAUGAUCGUGGACGAGGAGGUCGAGGUGGCCGCGGAAAUGACUACCGUCAACGAAGCCCUCUUCGCCGCGCCCAGAGCCCGACUUCACUCAGAACAAACAAUGGUUCCCAGAAGUGGAUCAGUCAUGAUUCUAGUAUCAAGCCGGGACACAUCAAAGUUCUGAGCCGUACUCUGUUCGUUGGUGGUGUCACUGCUUCUGAUCAUGAGUUGAGAGCUCUCUUUUCUCAGCAUGGGCAGGUGCAAACAUGCAUCGUCAACAAGGACAAACGCCACGCUUUCGUCAAGAUGGUCAGCCGCCAAGAUGCCGUCGCAGCCAAGGAGGCAAUGGAGAAGAGCAGGAGUCCCGAAUCGCAAUUGAGGACUCGCUGGGGUGUUGGAUUUGGUCCACGAGACUGCAGUGACUACCAAACCGGCGUCAGCAUCAUCCCCAUCAAUGCCCUCACCGAUGCCGACCGCAAGUGGAUGCUCACGGCCGAGUACGGUGGCACCGGUGGCAAGCCCAUGGAGACCGGCAUGGUGGUCGAAGAACCCGAUAUCGAGAUCGGCCAAGGCGUCUCCUCCAAAGCCAUGAGCCGCCGCAUGCAAACCGACCAAGCCGGCAACAACGGUCCCAAGUCCACCCGCAAGCACCCUGAGGACAAAGACGAGCACCCUCGCUUCCGUCGAGGAGGAGGCCAUCGCAGAGAUGAGGGUCGCAAGGAGAGCAAAGUCAGUGGACCGCCGGCUAUGCCUCCUAUCCCUCCGUUUGGCAUGGCAGGCUUCCCGUUCAGUAUGCCGAAUGGAAUGCCCAUGCUUCCUCCGGGAUUCCCUGCCUUCCCUGGCUUCCCGGGUGCGCAAGAACAAACCCCGCAACAACCUCCACCACCUGGAAAUCGCUUCUUUCACCCGACGGACUCGACGAUUCUGAUAAGAGAGACUAGGUUUGCCGAGGACGAGGCUCGAUCAAGUGAAUCUAUGGAGUCGUUUAAACGGACCUUCUCCUCUAUCUCCACACCUCCCGAUUUCUCUUUCAUCGAUCGGAUUUCUUUUUCUUCGGCACCCACUGACAUGCAUGGCGACGGCGUUCUUGCAUUUACGAUACCCACACAUAUGGGUACCUCGACGGGGGAUCUUGGGACUUGGGACUUAAUACGCACUGCGAAACGACAUCCGACUUGGGAAUCCUCCUCUGCAUACACGUUGCUUUUCUUUUCAAAUUCCAAGCGUCUCUUCUAUAAGAAGGGAGAGGUUCACUACUACCGGACCACCAAGCUCAGGAAGGGUACACCGUCCAAUUUUCGGGGGCUAUUCUCUCAGACUCGAAUCAAGCCUGCCUGCAUGAAUUCAUCAUUGAUCUGUUUAGGAGUUAUUGAUACUAAGAAUUGA